GGCGCCGAGGGGCGGAGCGGCCCCGCCGGGCGGCGGCGGCGCCGAGCCGGGACGCGGCGCCGCGCUCCGCACCUCGCGGAGCGGCGCGGAGCGGCCCAGCCCAGGCUAGCCCAGCCCGGGAGCCAUGCCGCUGCCGUGCCGGGGCUGGACGCUGGCGUUGCUCACGUUGCUUGUCGGUUUUCUCAUUUUCGCCGAUAUCUCUGAGAUCGAGGAGGAGAGCGGGAGUUCUGGAGGCAGAGGUACAAUCAGAUCAGCUGUGAACAGCUUACAUAGCAAAUCUAAUAGAGCCGAAGUAGUAAUAAAUGACUCUUCGUCUCCAGCUGUUGUUGACAGAAGUAAUGAAAGCAUUAAGCACAACAUUAAACCAGCCUCACCCAAAUGGAGACACAACCAGACACUCUCUUUGAAGAUCAGGAAACAGAUCUUGAAGUUCCUGGAUGCAGAGAAGGACAUUUCAGUGCUGAAGGGGACACUGAAGCCAGGAGACAUCAUCCACUAUGUCUUUGACAGGGACAGCACCAUGAACGUCUCCCAGAACCUGUAUGAGCUGCUGCCCCGCACCUCCCCCCUCAAGGGCAAGCAGUUCCCCACCUGUGCCAUUGUGGGCAACUCGGGGGUCCUGCUCAGCAGCGGCUGCGGCCCCGAGAUCGAUGCGCACAGCUUCGUGAUAAGGUGCAACCUGGCCCCUGUCCAGGAGUACUCGCAGGACGUGGGCUUGAAGACAGACCUGGUGACUAUGAACCCCUCAGUCAUCCAACGGGCCUUCGAGGACCUGGUGAAUGAGACUUGGAGGGAGAAGCUGCUGCAACGCCUCCACAGCCUGAACGGCAGCAUCCUCUGGAUCCCGGCGUUCAUGGCCAAGGGGGGCAAGGAGCGAGUGGAGUGGGUGAACGAGCUCAUCCUGAAGCAUCACAUCAACGUCAGGACUGCUUACCCCUCGCUGCGCCUGCUCCAUGCUGUCCGAGGGUACUGGCUAACAAACAAGGUGCACAUCAAGCGACCCACCACCGGCCUCCUCAUGUACACCUUAGCCACUCGAUUCUGCAACCAGAUCUAUCUCUACGGCUUCUGGCCCUUUCCCCUGGACCAGAACCAGAACCCGGUCAAGUACCACUACUACGACAGCCUCAAGUACGGCUACACCUCGCAGGCCAGCCCGCACACCAUGCCCUUGGAGUUCAAAGCCUUAAAGAUGCUGCACCAGCAGGGAGCCUUGAAGCUGACAGUGGGGGAGUGCAAUGGGGCCACGUAGGGUGGUCCCCGGGCGCGUUCCUGCACAGCCACGGGAGGAAGGGGAGGGGGAUAAAAAGGAUGAGUGGUACCUGGUGGGGUUGGUUGUCUUUGUUAAUGCGCAGAACAGCGACACAAAUAUAUAUACGUGGUACCUAUAUAUAUUGACCUGAGUAUUAUAACUGUUUGGUGUUCUCCAAGGAAGGGGCAGGAGAGAUGCGGGAGCAUCUGGCGUGACUGGCCUGGGCAAGACCCCUCGCCGUGGGCUUGCUGGGCUCGGCAGGGCAUUCAAGCCACGUCCGAAAGGUGUGAAGGUGGCCUUGGUUUUUGAGGGUAUGUUAGGUGAUGGGUUAAACGUUAAGCCGUUUGUCGUGACUGGUCCGAGGUUGGUAGUUAGUUUGUUUGGCCAAGGACGCCGGUGCUGUCGCUCAGCAGCAAGACACGUCCUUGGCCCUGUGCUCGUGGCAGGGAGGGGAAGGGGCAGGGAGCGGGGUGGGCAGGGAAGGUUUGUUGGCGGUUCUCACGGCCGAGGGACAGAGCAGGAUCUGUUUCCUGCCCAGCAGGGACUGGUGCCCAGCAGAGCCGUGCACAAAUGCCUCCAAAACAUGGACCGCUGGGGCUAAGUGCAGCCUUCAGAAAGGUGAAGGAGAAGCCUCCUGGGCUGCAGCUUGAUCUCCAGGAGGUGGUGGGGAGCUGUGCUAAGCUGAUCCCAGGGACAUUUGCUCAGAGAGGAAAUGUGAGAGCUUCCGGAGAGCAGGUGCCCUAGUCCUGAGCCGGGCAGGCAGUGAGGAGGAUACUGAGCUUUUAUUUCCUCUUCCUUUCCUAAGGAGCAACUGAGAAAGGAGCAAAGAUGCUGGAACGUGGCAGGAAGGAGGAGGUUUGCUGCCGCAAACUGACACCAUUAGUAUUAAGUAUCUUACUGUGCCACAAAGACACUCAACAUCUGUCAGGGCUUCUAAAAAUCAUAAGUACAUCUAGCUCUUAAUUCCCACAUGCUACCUGCCUUCUCUCCCCCUCCAAAAAUAACCACUGAAGUACUGGUGAUAGCCCUGAGACCCAGCCAAGCAGAAAGACUGUGGGACUUCAAGGGACUUUGUCAAGUCUAAAUAAUUUAUUUUCACUCUUUCCACAAAGACCCGGCGUACAGCGCUGUGUGCCUGGAGUCCCUCUCUCCUUUCUUUUGAGCUCUGAUUAGCUCUUACUCUGAACAGUUAAGUAGGAUGUCAGAUGAAUCUUGGUGGAAUGCUGGCCCAGUGAACAUCCAAUAAGUUAUCUUUUCUUUUUUCUUUCCAGAAUGAACUCAAAACAUACAGGAGUGUUUAUAACCACACUUGCUUUUCUCUUAAGCUUUGGGUUGUUUGAGGGAAGCAAAUAGCUUGGUCUGAUUAGCCUGUUGAAUUUUCUCUUUCUGUAGCCAGAAACAGAACUAUUUGCCUCCUAAUUAGCACUGAGUGCCAAAAUGCAGGUGAGUCGGGGGUUCAGUGAGUGCAGUUGGGGUUUUAUUUGUGAGAGAGCAAAGCAACAGUCCAGGUGAGCCUUGGACACAUGCUGCAGUGCUUUCGUGGCUGGAUAUCAUUACCUUUGUGCCAUCUCCUGCUGCUGUGAUUUUUACCUUAAAAAAGUGUACAGUUUGGGACUGAAAUAGUUGACAUUAUCUCUUUAAAAACUGAGUGCUUCAAGUGGUGAAAGGAAAAACUCACUUUCAUGAUUUGGGACCUAGAAGCUACUGUACCCGUAGGAGCCUGCAGCCUGCUAAUUAGUGUCAGAUGAAGAUGCCCAAGAUUAAGGUAAAAGCAACUUUGUGGUGGAUAAAUGUGGUCUAAUCUGCCACUUAGGGGCUGUUUCUUUCCAAUUCCAAAAAAGUAUUUCUUUUAUGUAUUUUUUUUUAAGCUGACUUUUUCAGAAAAAUGUUGCUUUGAGUUUAGUUGCACAGUAAAGCUAAACCUGGCUGUGAACCACAGCUCCAGCUGUUGGACUUCCCUGAGAUAGGAGGAGACAGAGUAAAAGUGUAAGAUGGAGGAAGUCUGCAAUCCCAGGGAGCUUCCCACGAUUCAGGAGUGGUUGAUAAAGCUGGGUAAUUCCCUGGUUUGUCCCCAGAGUGGAGGAGGGACAGACUCAGGCUGGAGCCACAGGGACUGCUGAGGCCAGCUGCUGUGUUGGGGGGCCUGGGCCACGGUCCUGACUGCUGUUAGCAAACCUUCUUUUUAAAUAAAAAUACA